CGAUGCGGCGCGAUCCUCCGACCCCACCCACUCGCACCCCACUGAGGAGGCGCCUUUGAUUAGGCGCCUCCCGCCGGAAGAGACGGCCCGCGUCCCACCCGAUGGGCGAGGGGCUGCUGGAGGUCCUGCACAACGACGCGCUGCUCGGCAUCUGCCGCUGCCUGCCGGCCCGGGCUCUGCUCGACACGGGCGCGUCCUGCUCGGAGCUGCAGCGGCGGUCGCGGGACUGCACCGAGCUCUGGCGCGCCCUCUGCGAGUUCCUGCUGGGCGCCACGGCGCUCCAGCUGCACGAGGCGGCCUGGAGCGCCGGGGCCGCCGACGCGGGCUCCGCGCAGUUCUACCGGAGGCUGUUCCGCGCCACCUGGAGCUGCGACGAGUUCUGCUACGACCACAAGAUGAGGAAUCUGCUCCUGGGGUCCAUAGGCCAGGGGGGCCCGUCGGGCCCGGCGGGGGAGGAGGCCGCGAGGUACCUGCUGUGCACGUCCGGCCACACGGCCGAGGCUCUGGGGCCCUUUGUCCUGCAGCUGGGCGGGAUGCGCAGCGCAGCGGAGGAGGCGGCCGAGCCCGUCCACGUCACGGUCAUCGACCUGGCGCGCGGGCGCGUGCUGCGCCCCGCCCUCGCGCGCGACUCCCGGCGGCCCGCGCAGCGCAUGCGGCACGCGAGCUGCACCGUCGCGGCGCCCUUCCUGGGCCCGGCCGCGCUGCCGGGCGCGGUGCUGGUGAUUGUCGGUGGCGAGUCGUGGGGGCCUGCGGGCCAGCCUCGUGCGGGCGUGAGGUCGCUCCUGCUGCUGCAGGUGACUGCCGCCGACGGCUCCGAGGUCCGCUGGUCCGAGGUGCCAGCGACCGGGGAGGCGCCGGCGGUGCCUGUCGUGCAGUGUUGUGAGCGAACUUCAUCUGGCAAGCACGCCGGGAACAAUACUGCAAGGCCUCCGCCCACGCAAGGGGUCCGGCGGAUCUACAACCACGCUUGUGCGUCGUUCGAUGGCGGCAGGCGGGUGUGCCUGUUCGGCGGCGAUAUCCCGGCCACCGACCCCGAAUUUGCGCGAAUCCGGCGCCGAGAGAGCGCGAGGUUCGUCUACGUGCUGGACGUGCCCCUGCAGCACUGGAGCGUGGUCGAGACCGGCGGACAGGUGCCGACCUGGCGUUCGUUUCACACCGCAGUGGCCCACACGUCGCUGCUGGACGGCCGCGAGUAUUUCGUGACGUUCGGCGGCACGCACGAGCACUGCGAGCCUCUUAGCGGGGGUUCCCUGGCCUCCAUGGUUGGCUACCAGCUGGACCUGCAGAGCUUCAACUGGGCUGGCGUCAGGUUCGCCAACGCACCGCAGCCGCUGCCGCCGGGAGCGUUCGAGACAGGGCCUCCCGCGGCCGGGUGCGUCGUGGGCGGCGCCCGGCCGACGGCCCGCGGGGCGCAGCUCCUGCAGCGGCUCGUCGUCUUCCGGCUCCUGGACGCCGCGUCGUCGGCCGACGCGGAGGCCAUGCCCGAGCCCAUCCUCGGCGGCGAACGAUCAGCGAGCGAAGAACGGUAUAACAUAAACUUUUUCGCCGUCGGGGACACCUGCCCCUGGGCGGCUAGAAAGUUGAUACCCCUACGGUGCCACCGUAAGGGUAUAAACUUUCCAGCCGCCCUGGGGCAGAUGUCCCCGACGGCGAAAAAGUUUAUUUUAUACCGUUCUUCGCCCGUUACAACGAGGGGGGGAAGUGAGAAGGAGAAGGCCCUCUCAGGAGGCGGCGGGGCGUCUCGGAAGCCCUCUGCGCCUCCUGGGAGGUUUUUUUGUGUCUUCGGGGGGGACUUGGAGAGCUUCUGAGACGUCUGGGGGGCUUCCGAGCCUUCGGAGAAGGCCCCCGCUUCUCAUUUUCCCCCGAAGCUCGCCGCCAACAUCUCGGAGAAAGGUAAGCAUCGGUCCUUCCGACCCGAGUCUUACGUCUCCCCGACCAUUCUGGAGGCUCCAGUUGCGCCCGCCAGUCUAUUAUUUGACCUCCCUUUCCG